GUGUCCAGGAGACGCCGUCGUCAACAGACCGCGCUCGGAACCCGAGGCGCGGGUCACAAAGACCUAGAACAGCCGGAAUCCUUCGCCCCGGCGCGCAGCCUUAGCAGGCAGGAAUUGCUGCCUCAGCAACCGGAUGCUUACCUCGUCCGCCCUCUCGGGUCAGGCGGGCCCGGGAGGAUGGGAGGGUGACUGCUGAGCGGGAGCCGCCUCGUUUUCCACCCGACGUAUUGCCUAGAGUUUGCUGUGAUUUAGAUCUUGAUUCAGAGAUGGAGAAAUCAGGCUCAUCCUCUACCAUCUCUGAGCAGCACCUGCAGAGGCAAGAGGGAUGGAGUAACACCAAAACAGACUUGGCUGAGCAGAGUCUCAUUUCAUCUGAGAGAUGGCUUCAACUGCAUGGGCUUAAGAGCAACAAAUUGACCUUGAAACAGAUUUUGUCACAGAUCGGAUUCCCACACUGUGAAGAUUAUGUGGCUUCUCUGGGGAGACUUGUGGCUUCUCGGUAUGCUGAUGGUCUGUUUCCACAGCUCUACAGAGCAGAAGAUGGCAGAGUAUACAAUCUGACAGCUAAGUCAGAACUGAUUUAUCAGUUUGUGGAACAUUUAACGCAAGCUGUGGAGAGCUACAAGCAGCGAAUGGACUGGCUCACCAGCAAAAGCCGGCAGAUUUUUGGUGUCAUCCUGGAACAGUGCAUCACCAUAGUGCUGGAUUUUGGCUGCAUUCUGGAGCGGGAGCUUGAUCUGUGCCGAGAGGCUCUAACAAUGGUUCUCCAGGAGCAGGUGGCUCACAUAACCAAGUUCAAUAUCAUACGGGUUUCUCAAGAGCCUGUGAAGUGGCAGGAAAAUGCUAUUCCUGUGACCAAACAGUCCAUAGCUGCUGCCGUCAGCUGGGUUGAGACACUGACUGUUGAACUGACUGCGAGCGAGGUUGGCUGCCUGGAUGCUCUGCUGGAAGCCGGGAAAGACAAGACUAUUGAAUCCAUUUACUACUUUGUGGUGGGGGAUGUUCCUGAAGAAUCCAAAGAGCUUCUCCUCCAGAGGGCCUUGGAGAUCCCGUAUCCAGUCUACACAGUGUCCUUCAAUGCCAGAAGAGAAGACACUAUAGCUUUCCUAAAGGAUCUAAGUGCCAAGACCCACAGCAGAUUCCACGCAUUCGCUGAGAGAACAGAGUGUGUAGAGUUUUCUGCAUUCUCCACAAAGGCUGGUGACGAUCUGAUGACUUGGAAUUCAAGGAAACUGAAAGGAAAACUCCCUCCAGGAGCCGGUGUCAGAGAGGACGUGUUUCUCGUUUGGCGAGAGAUGGAGGAAGCCUGCAGCACCCUGGCCCAGAUCCAGAGGCUGGUGGCCGAGCCUCCCAAGCCCGAUGUGGCUACGGUGGAUUGCGAGUCAGAAACAACCUCUGUUGAGAUUGCAUUGAAUCCAGAAGACACCUGGGACUCUAAGACAUGGCUGCAGAAAUAUGGCUUGAAGGCCCAGAAGCUAUCCUUGUAUGACGUCCUUGCCGACUGCUCUUUCCGCCAUGCCGAUGGGAUUGUGGAUAUAAAAGCCAAACCGGAGGAUGAGUCCGUGCAGACCAGUGCGGAGACCAACAAGAAGACAGUCCAUGCAAAAUAUUGCAGCAGGUUUGUGCAUGCUCCCUGGAAGGAUGGGAGCUUGGUCCACGUGAACAUUACCAAAGAGAAGUGCAGGUGGUACAGUGAGAGAAUCCACACAGCCCUGGCCCGGAUCCGAAGGAGGAUUAAAUGGCUCCAGGAUGGGAGUCAAAGCCUCUUUGGAAAAUUGCGUAAUGAUUGCAUCUACAUUCUCAUUGACACGUCUCACUCCAUGAAGAGCAAACUGGACUUGGUGAAGGACAAGAUCGUUCAGUUCAUACAGGAACAGCUGAAAUAUAAAAGUAAGUUUAAUUUUGUGAAGUUUGAUGGUCAAGCAGUUGCUUGGCGGGAACAACUUGCCGAAGUCAAUGAAGAUAAUUUGGAACAGGCUCAGUCCUGGAUUAGAGACAUGAAGAUUGGAAGUUCCACAAACACCCUGAGUGCCCUGAAAACUGCUUUUGCUGAUAAAGAAACACAGGCCAUCUACCUUCUGACUGACGGGAGACCUGAUCAGCCGCCUGAAAUGGUUAUAGACCAGGUCAAAGUUUUUCAGGAAAUUCCUAUUUAUACCAUCUCCUUCAACUACAACGAUGAGAUUGCAAACAGGUUUUUGAAAGAGGUUGCUGCUUUGACUGGAGGAGAGUUCCAUUUUUAUAAUUUUGGUUGCAAGGAUCCCACUCCUCCAGAGGCUGUUCAGAAUGAAGAUCUGACUCUUUUAGUUAAGGAAAUGGAACAAGGUCACCGUGACCUGGAGAAGAUGCGAGACCUUUAUUCCGAGUCCGUGAUCAUGGACUGGUGGUACAAUGCGGAAAAGGAUGGAGACAGCAAGCAUCAAAAGGAGAUCUGUUCUAUGGUUUCAACCCCAGAAAAAUGUGCAAAGCCUCAAUCUGAUGUCAAUUCAACACAAAUUUCAUCCCUGAAGAGGUUGAAGGGACCAUGGGGCCUUUCAGAUCAAAAGAUUCAGAAAAAGAAAGUCCUCCACGCAGAAUCAACCAAAACCAGCCUGCUCAGGAGUCAGAUGUCCUCCCUCAGGAGCUCAGCUGGCAGUGAAAGGAAGGACGGCCUCUCCAAUGCCAGCAGCCAGAGGACUGCUCUAAGUGACAAAGAAAUGAGCAUCCUGCUGCCUGAGGAGUGUCUUGAUGACACAUCGUCAGAAAGGGUGACCCGAGAAGGAAGCCAGGUUUCCGACCACAAUUCUUCAGAUGUGUCUUCAGAAAACUGGCUCAAGACCUAUGGCUUGGUUGCCAAGAAACUCACCCUCAUGGAUGCCUUGUCAGUGGCAGCGGUCCCCCACAGCUCCACCUAUGUUCCCGUCCUGGACAAGCAUGUCAUGUCUAAGGUCUUUGAUGAGGUGUUCCCUCUGGCACAUGUGUGCAACGACACAAAUAAGAUGACAUUAAUUAACCCCCAAGGAGCCAAACUCAAUAUCUACAAGCAAAAAGUGGAACAGGCAAUUCAAACCUAUGAAAAGCGCUUGAAUAAAAUUGUUUGGCGAGCAUUAUCUCAAGAGGAAAAAGAAAAGUUAGAUGCAAACAAACCAAUACAGUACUUGGAAAACAAAACAGUUUUAAACCAGGCUUUAGAACGGUUGAACUGGCCCAUUUCAUUGAAAGAGCUGUCGAUGCUGGAAAGUGAAAUCCUGGCUGGGAAAAUGUACAUCCAGCAGGCCAUGGAACUCCAGGAGGCUGCCAAGAAGAAUUAUGCAAACAAGGCCCCGGGAGAGCAACAGAAAUUGCAAGGAAAUCCAACAAAGAAAACCAAAUCAAAAAGACCAGAUCCCCUCAAAGGACAGAAGGUUAUUGCAAGAUGCGAUGAAAAUGGCUUUUAUUUUCCAGGGGUUGUGAAGAAGUGUGUGAGCCGCACCCAAGCACUGGUGGACUUCAGGUAUGGAGACACCAGGGUCGUGUCCACCUCCUUCAUCAUGCCUGUGGGGGGUGCCAUGCCCUGCCCACUGCUCCAGGUUGGAGAUUAUGUGUUUGCCAAAAUUGUGAUACCCAAAGGAUUUGACUUCUACGUCCCUGCCAUUGUCAUAGCACUUCCCAAUAAGCACGUGGCUGCAGAAAAAUUCUACACGGUUUUGAAGUGUAACAACCGGAAAGAAUUUUGCCCUCGGAGUGCACUUAUUAAGAUCAGCCAAAAUAAGUAUGCAGUCUCUUGCUCUCACAUAAAGUCACCCCCAGUUCCUGAGGAUACAGAAGUAGAGGAUGUGGAGACGAGGAACUCUGCUGUCCUUUUCUGGCCACUAAAAGAAGCGGACAUGCAGGAUUCCAGAGAGCCAAGACCAGAGAAGCCCAGGAGGAAAAAGAGUCCCGCCAAGCAGCCUCCUCUCCAGCAGGCGGCGCCCUCGGACUCGGACGGCUCCUCCCACGGCACCAGCUCCCACGGGUCCCGCCCUGGGACACACCCCGAGCCCAAGACAGCCCAGCUCCGCCUCCCCGCGGCCAGGCGGCUAGGACCCAGCAGCCAUCAUGGCCACACCUUCACCUGGAGCAGCCCCGCCCUGUACUCUCGGAGCCACCCACAGCAGCAAAGGGCUGAGGAGCGCCUCGGAGACAUCUUGAGGCCGUCUGGUGACAGCCAUGUUUAAGAGACCAGCGCUCUUCCAGGCUGCUCAGACCUCAGCCCUGACGCUGGAGCCGGCCCCUCCGCUGAGGUAAGGCCGCCCUCUGCGCCGCCCGCGCCUGCCCUGUCUGUGGCAAACGCUCCUCUCCCCUCUGUCCCUGCCGCCUCCCCUGCCCGCUUGACGACACUGGUUCUGGCUUCUUCUGACUGUUCUUUAUCCUGUUUUCCGCCGGUACUCACAAAAUUGUAUUCCAUCUUCUGGUAGACGCCCCACCCCCAGAAGUUUUAACCUGUGAGAUGACUGUCACAGGACUUUCAAAUUGUUUACAAGUCAGCGUAGUCAGGAUCCAAGCCGGCAAUCUUGUUUUAAAUUAAUUAUCACAUCUAAAUUAGAGAUUUUGUCACCCAGUGUUGGGACUGAAAUUCAGACCCGGUAACUUGUCUGAGAUCUGCAAGACUGAACGUCCCCUACUGUAUUGUUUCCUGACAUUUUCAUUGAGCCUUUCCUAAUUAUUUUUGUCUGUAGUCUGUUGUAGGUAAUUCUAAUUGGGCACGAAACCAGAAUAAAAACUCUUACACUGGAAACAUUUCAAAACUAUUGGAUUGUUGGAUUGUUUAUUUGUUACCAUUUUUCUCUGAACACAUUUUAGCAAUGACAUAUGAAAGUAUUCAGUUAUGUUUACUAACCUCAAAAAUGAAAUUGCUCCAUUAAAUUUCCUUUAUCUAGUCAGUAAGAUCCCUGAGGCUAGAUGAAAGCAGCACAGGUCAUCAUUAGGGAAAAUACUGGAUGCUUUCUGCAAAUAGAACAGAUAGGGCAGAGUUCUGAUAGUCUAAAAAUUUACAGUCCAAUUAAAAGUGGCAUUCACAUUCCUGAAAACUAGGAGUAGCCAGGGUUAUGGUGAAGAAAUUAAAGGACUAAUCCACUUCUAAAAAUGUGAAAA